AUGACAGUUGCCAGCUGGCAAGAGAUCGGUUCUAUUCAAUUAUUGAAUAAGCAAGUCCCUCUCUUGAAGCCUGGAGAAGUGCUUGUCAAAGUAGCGGCCUCUGGUAUAUGUGGUACCGACCUGCACAUAUGUCAUGGAGAAACACCUCAUGCUACUCCAAAAGUCGUGAUUGGCCACGAGUUCUCUGGCUAUGUUCAUUCUUUUCAUCCUGAAACCAAAGCUUACAACCUUCAGGUAGGAGAUUUGGUGGCUAUUGAUCCCAACAUGCCGUGUAAUCAAUGUACUUUUUGUCGCAAUCAAAAAUACCAUCUUUGCCCCCACUUAUUUUGUAUCGGCGUGACAGUGGAUGGCGGUAUGUCUCACUACGUGGCUGUGCCUGCGCGUGCGGCCAUGCCCAUUCCCAAAAAGACGAACGUCGAUGGUUCGAGUGUGGCUGCCGUGACACCUGAAGUAGCUGCUUUAGCAGAGCCCUUGUCUUGUGUUGUGCAUGCUAUCGAUCAAGGGCAUAUCAAAACAGGAGAUCGCGUAUUAGUGCUCGGUGCCGGCCCGAUAGGAUUGAUGACGACUGCCCUGGCCUCUCUGAGUGGCGCUCACGUUACGGUGAUCGAACCAAAUGAAAUGAGACGACAGACGGCAGUUCAAUCUUUUGGUGCUGCUGAAGCAGUGGCUCCUGGCGUUUUGCCUGCUGUGAGAGGAGAACUGGGAGAAGGAUACGAUGUCGUGUUUGAAUGUGUAGGUCGGCCCGCUACGUGUGCAGAGGCCGUCCGUUUUGCCAAGGCGGGUGGUAUUGUGGUCUGGGUAGGCGUCACCAAGGUAGACGAUCGUGUGCAAGUGGCUCCUUUUGAGAUUUAUCGUAAAGAAUUAACGAUUACAUCGACCUAUACCAACCCUUAUGGAAUCGAGAGAGCAGUCAACAUCUUGGCACAAGGAAAAGUGGACUGGCAAGCAUUGAUUUCUCAUCAAUUCAAAUUGUCUGAAUUCAGUGAUGCAUGGGAAGUGUUUAAGGCUGGUACUGGAUUGAAGGUCAUCAUUGCCCCUUAA